AUUGAACGUACCUAUUUUCAGGAUAGGUUCCAUUGAUUUCCUUGAUUUACAGAUCAUUACUGCAAAUAUUCUACUUCACAAAGGGUCCUUCAUUAAAGAUUAAAGUCUCUUGAGUUAUGAAACAGGUGUUAUGCAGAUUAUUACCGCGUUUUAGAGAUUAGAACGCUUUAUCUUACUCAUGCUAAUGGACGGUGAAGUAUCAUUAACACAGAUCUGCUCAAAAUUUAGUGCACUAGAAAAUAGAGUCUUCAAGCUGUAGAAACAAAAUUGGGCGUACUAAUGGUUCAAUACAUCCUACAACAAAAUGUACAACUAAGUUUUAUCACAAGAAAGAUUGGGAAGCGACAUGUCUGUUUUAAGGAACUGGUUGAGCCAUAACCGUCAUGUAGCUCAUGUUUUCAUUAUGUUUCCGUGUCUCUUUUUAUUUUAUUAUUUUUAUGGCUUUAUGGUCAAACGACAAAUUAAGCAUAAUAGUGGUGUUUGUAGGGAAGGGGCUCAUUUCUAAAGAACUCUUCCUCUUUGUUUUCUUUAUGAAAGAAAUCUAGAGAAAUAUGGUUAAAAUGUCAUAUAAGGUAACCUAUCAAUGCUGUAUAGUUGAAUAAAAAAGAGU